AUGGAAUCUGUGUCGAUCCCUGACAUUGUUGGUGGACUUGUUAAUUGUGUAGCCCAGUUAGUAAGAAUAGCUGAAGAGAUUUUACAGUUUAUUUCACAAGAACAAAUGCCUUGUGUAGAGCAAAAUGAUAGAGCAGAACCGAUAGAAACAGAUGCAUCUCCUUCUGAGGAAGCUUCACUACCAGACCUCGCUGCUUUCUCAGACUUAGAAUCAAUACUUACACCAAGAGAAGAUGAAGACUUAAUCUUUGAUGUAGAUCAAGCCAUGUUAAACAUAGAUGAAGAUCAGGCCAUGUUAGAUGUAGAUGAAUUAUAUGAAGGAGUACUCUCUGGUAUAAACAAUGACUUAAGAAAUGGAUAA